AUGGAAGCGGUCGGAUUGGCCGUUGGAGUUAUAGGACUGGCGGGGCUUUUCAGCUCUUGUCUGGAUGUCCUGGAGAGGUUCGACUCUUGGAAAGACUUUAACAACGACUCGCGCGCCUUAGCACUUCGAUUCGAGGCCGACAAGCUUCGUUUUGAAAAUUGGGGCCAGACAGUGGGGAUUGGCCAAAACGACUCGUCAGAUUACCAUCACGAGAGUCUCAAUGAUCCACGAACUUUGGAAACAGUCGAAGGACUUUUGUCAGUCAUACGUGAAAUCGGCAGUGACUCGGAAAUCAGGUUCCCUUCCGGGGUUUCAGGGCCUCAUGCCCGGCCUGCCAAAGGUGGCCUGUCCUCCAAAGCCACUGUGCAUCGACCUGAAUCAAGGCGAAGGAGACUUGGUUGGGCAAUGCGAGAUAAGGCAAAGCGCAUAGCCCAGGUCGAACAGUUCGCGCAGCUAGUGGACCGACUGUACAUAUUGGUGCCACUGACUGGGAGCGGGAAUUGCGGAAACACCCUUGGUAGCACACAUGUGCAAACAAGACGGGACGUGGAAAAAUGGUUGAUGGGCCGACACCCUCCGAACGAACUCUUUAGUGAUUUUACCGACAAAAGAUUGGACGGCACCUGCGAAUGGAUUUUAACAGAAGAUUCAUUCAUCAACUGGUCCUCAUCCAGAAUUUCAGCUGUCAAUGCAGCAAGGCUUCUGUGGAUCAAUGGGCCCGCAGGAGUUGGAAAGUCUACCCUCUGUGCCAGACUCAUCAAGCACCUCUCCGACAAAACCGAGGAGCCUAUCGCUCAUUUCUUCUUUUCCUCUGAUUUUGAGACCCGAGCAGAUCCCUUUGUGGCGAUACGGUCAUGGAUCUCUCAAAUGGCAACUCACCCAACUGCGUUUAGGCUAAUUCACGAAAAAAGGACAAAACAGCACAGCCAAAUGGCAACUCGUGCGGAUAUCAUCGAGCUUCUCCGAGAAAUCUGUCAAUCUGUCCAUGGAUGCUUUUUUGUUCUGGAUGGUUUGGACGAAUGUACUUGGAGAGGAGGAGAAGAGGACUCUGUUACUGUGUUUUUGGAGACAAUAACGAGAACGAUCAAACACACAUCUACCCGAAUCCUGGUCGUUAGUCGCAAUGAACCUGAGAUCAGACAUGGUCUCACUAACCCCAUUGAUGGGAUCAUCAUGUUUCAACAUGAUAUUUCUCUUCAAGAUGUCAGCUCGGACAUAGGGUUGUACUCAAUGAGUAUCGUGGAAAAGCGACUUCCUCGCAAGACCCAAGCGAUGAAGUCAGGUAUUUCGCAGAAAAUGGCGAAUGGAUGCAACGGACAAUUUCUCUGGCUUAAGAUGCAGGAAGACUCACUUCGCAGUUGGAAAAACCAAAAGCAGCUGGAAGAUGCAAUCGAGAAGACACCAGCCGGGCUGGAACAUCUCUAUGAACGGAAUUGGAUGAAGAUGGCAAGAUUCCCCGAAAGAGAACGAGCUCGAGCCUUUGCCUUGUUGCGUUGGACGGCAUUUGCUUUUCGACCACUGUCUGUCCGAGAGCUCACAGAAGCCUUGCUUAUUGAUGAAAGCAGAAAUGAACUGCUACUGGAUGAGAUGCCAGAUACCAUCGAUGAUGAUUAUAUCGAUAGUGAGAUGGCCAACCUCUGUGGAUCUCUCCUUGAAAUUCGAUCCUCUCAAUCCGAAGCGCACUUUGGAUUAAGGACGGUGCAUCUUGCGCAUUUCUCAGUCAAAGAGUACCUACUACGCAAUAUGCCUCUCGAUUUGACCAUUCCAACCUUCCAACCCUCCACCGAGUCAAUUGAAAGUGUCUUUUUCUCCAGGAUGUGCCUGCGCUAUGCGACUAUCCCAGAGGUCUGGUCGAACACUUCUCCUCUGUGCGAUGAUCAGAUCUUUGGUUCAUUUCUGGAUUAUGCAGCUGGCCAUUGGUACGAAUACUCUGCGAUGGACAAUUUGAAUGACAGCCAAGCGGUCAGUCAGAUGAAUUCAUUUUUUGAUUCAAGCAAUCCAACAUGGCAUUCUUGGACACACUGGAUGAGGGGAAAUGAUAAAACCCUGAAGGCAAUGACAUUACAUGGCAGGGGCAAGUCAGAAAGUCCAUUGUUCUAUGCGGUGCUGGUUCGCUUGCCAGAAACGGUACGGCACCUGAUAAAGGAAAAAGGGUUCACACCCAACGAGCAGCUUUGCUUGGGCUGGACGGCUCUCACAUUCGCUUGUUACCGAGGUGAUUUGAAGACAACGCAGGUUCUUCUUGACGCAGGGGCCAAUGUCACGACUGCCGAUGAUGAUGGGUGGACGCCGCUCCACUUUGCUUCGGCAGCCGGAUAUGCCGACUUGGCCAAAUUGCUGCUUACAGCAGGUGGCGGUGCCACUACGUUAGCCAAGCAAGGAUGCACACCACUGGAACUAGCAUCCUACAACAGCCAUCAUGAGAUAGUUCAGCUACUACUGAGGUGGAACGCAGAUCAAAACCCGGCACCCCAACAUAAAUGGACACAUUUGCAAACGGUCACAGACAACAGUCAUCCCGAGACUGCCCCAGUCACUCCUGAAAUCCCCGAGCCUAUAUCAAAAUGCAUAUGUCCAUGUGUCAUUUUGCCAGGGGUGGUAUUUGUUAAGAUUUUCAAACUCCCCGCAUCAACUUCCAAUUCAAACACGAAGAAGCAGAGAAAUCGCUCACCCAAAUUCGAACCCCAACCAGAAGCCGACGUCGAGGUUGAUACCGACUUGGACCAAAAGUCCUCUUCUUCGAUAUCUUCAUCACGUUUUGAGCUCGCCUCAGCCAUUUUAAAGGCUGAGGAUGUUCAGGAUUGGUCUUUCGAGAUUGAUUUUGAAUCAAUUUUGCUUAAGCUAUCCCAGUGGACGACCAAUGGCACGAAUGACCAUUUGCUGUCGAAACUGGCCCUCCAUAAUCCUGGUCACAUACUCGACCUGAUCUCGAUUUACAUCAUGACUAGAUUUAAACUACUUUGGGUGCUGAACUGUGACUCUCAAAGUGGAUUUGACCAGUUUGUUAAGAACCUUUUGUUUCAACAGUUCAUUGCUUGUAGCGAGUAUUAG